AUGCUCUUCGCCAGGAAAACAGGCCCAGCUACCUUGAUCCCCGGCGUCGCCAUUCUCUUCGCGGUUUACUUCCUGUAUCUAUGGCGUAACGGCGACCGCCUUGCAGUUGCGACGCCAAGGCCGGCGGUGGACGACUGGCAGCCUCGUGGCCAAGCUGCCUUCUGGAGAAACGUCCCCGUCCACUACCCGCCUUCCUCCAUCCGACCGCUUGCCACGGGCACGCCAGUCCGAUAUCCGCCCAUCCAAGCGACGGCGUUCCCUGCUCAACCGCAGGACGCCCGCCGCCAGGCCGUCAAGCAAGUCUUUGCCAAGUGCUGGCGGUCUUACCGGGAGCUCGCAUGGGGCGCCGACGAGCUGACUCCCGUGUCGGGCGGCCGCCGCGAUCCCUUCGGCGGCUGGGCCGCCACGCUGGUCGACUCGCUCGACACGCUGUGGAUCAUGGAUAUGAAAGCCGAAUUCGCCGAGGCCGUCGCCGCUGCCGAGGCCAUCAACUUCACCCACUCCACCCUGGACCAAGUCAACGUCUUCGAGACCAACAUCCGCUUCCUCGGCGGCUUCCUCUCGGCCUUCGACCUGAGCGGCGACGCGCGCCUGCUGCGCAAGGCCGUCGAGGUGGGCGACAUGCUGUACAAGGCCUUCGACACGACCACCCGCAUGCCCAUCACCCGGUGGGACAUCCGCGCCGCCGCCCGCGGCGAGAGGCAGGCCGCGCCCGCCAGCGUGCUGCUCGCCGAGAUCGGCAGCCUGUCGCUGGAGUUCACGCGCCUGUCCAUGCUGACCGGCGACGCGCGGUGGUUCGACGCGGCGCAGCGCAUCGCCGACGCCAUGGCCGCGCAGCAGGAUUCGACCGCGCUGCCGGGCCUCUGGCCGCUGACGGCCGACGCCGCGCAGACGCGCCCCGUCUUCGACGCCGGCUCGCUCUUCACCCUGGGCGCCAUGGCCGACUCGGCCUACGAGUACCUGCCCAAGAUGGCCGCGCUGCUCGGCGGCCGCCUGCCGGGCUACCAGGCCAUGUACGAGAAGGCCGCCGACGCGGCCGCCCGGCACAACCUGUUCCGGCCGCUGACGCCGACGGACGCGGACAUCCUCGUCGCGGGCAUCGUGCACGUCGGCGAGGACGGCAGCACCGAGCUGGAGCCGCAGGCCCAGCAUCUGGCCUGCUUCCUCGGCGGCAUGUUCGCGCUCGGCGGGAGGCUGUUCGGCCGCGAGAAGGACAUGGACGUCGCGCAGCGGCUGGUCGACGGCUGCAUAUGGAGCUACAAGGCGCUCCCGCACGGUGUCAUGCCCGAGACGUUCUACCUGGCCCCCUGCCCUUCGCCGGGAGGAGACUGCCGGUGGGACGAGGCCGCGUGGAAGCGGGAGGUGGUCCGCCGAGCAGGGAAGGACAAGAAGGAGACCGACGAUGACGACGACGACGCCAACAACGACGACGACCCGACUGGCACCGCAGCAGCAGACGCGAUCAUCGCGGAGGAGCGGCUACCACCAGGCAUCACGGCGAUCACGGACCGGCGGUACGUGCUGCGGCCGGAGGCGGCCGAGAGCGUGUUCGUGCUGUACCGCGCGACCGGCCGGGCGGAGCUGCUCGAGGCGGCGUGGGCCAUGUUCGAGGCCAUCGACGCGGCGACGACGACGCCGCUGGCCAACUCGGCCGUGCACGACGUGACGGAGGCCGCGGACGCGGACGGCAAACCGCAGGCGGCCGACGCGAUGGAGUCCUUCUGGAUGGCCGAGACGCUCAAGUACUUCUAUCUCGUCUUCAGCGAGCCCGGGCUGGUCAGCCUGGACGAAUUCGUGUUCAAUACCGAGGCGCAUCCUUUCCGCCGGUUGGUGAGGUAG